CUCACUUUUUGACAGUUCUUGUUUGGGGAUUGUGGGGCUUGUUGUAAAAAUUUAAUUUUCUUUGUAUUUUUCGAAUUGUUCAAUAAAAUUCUAUUUUAAUAUUCACAUUGACAAUGUUAAGUGCGGUAAGACGUUGCUAUAACCUAAAGCCACAAGUUCCCCGGGUCAGAUAUCUAUGCAGCACGACUGUGCCGGCGGGAUCCAAAGUUUCCGCACAUUCAUUUGAGGAUUUUGUACACAAACGUCAAGAGGAGGCAACACGCAGUGUCAUUGUACAAGUCAGUUCGGAAAGAUCAUUUCCAGAGUUAUACAACUAUUGCCGAGAUUAUGGCAACAUAAUAUCAGCCUUUCACUACUGUGUGCGACACGAUGAUGUCCAGCAUUAUAUCUUAUUGGAAUAUGAAAAUGCCCAACAAGCCUCGGAGGCCAUAGACUCGGCCGCAUAUAAUGAAGAUUUGACGGGUGUGCCAGUGCGAUCACCUUUCCUAUGGUUUAGGGCCACGGGACGUAAGACAAUACAACGAGACACUGUGUCGGGUUCGAAAACCCAAUUAGCCGCCCUGGAUGGCAUACGAAUAAUGGACAACGAAGCACUGAUGGGUACUCUGCGAGAAGCCGUGGAUAUUGAAAAACAAAUAGCUUUAUUAUAUGAAAAUACCAAAUUAAAUGAUUUGGGAAUCCGUUUACGGUUCUUGGCUGCCUCACAAGUCCAACAGGCCAUAUCCGGUAUGUUCCCAUUGGCCAGAGCUUUACCGUUUGGUUCGUCGGUAAAUGGUUUUGGUAAAAAUGGCUGUGAUUUAGAUUUAAUUUUACGUCUGGACGAAGAAUGUAAGGGACCUGAUAGCAAAAAACGACCUGAGUCGCGUUUGGUCUUUCACACCAAGGAAAAUUUGACGAAUGGUCGAUCGCAGACGCAACGACAAAUGGAAAGUAUUGGUGAUAUGUUGCAUUUAUUCUUGCCGGGUGUGUGUCAUGUGAGAAGGAUCCUGCAGGCACGAGUUCCCAUUAUAAAGUAUCAUCAUGAGCAUUUGAAUUUGGAAAUUGAUCUGUCGAUGAGCAAUCUCUCCGGUUUCUAUAUGUCUGAAUUGUUAUUUAUGUUCGGUGAAUUUGAUGAGCGCGUACGACCACUAAUAUUCUGCAUUCGACGCUGGGCCCAGUCUUGUGGCCUUACCAAUCCCUCACCGGGUCGUUGGAUUUCGAAUUUCUCCCUAACAUGUUUGGUCAUAUUUUUCCUACAACAAACCAAACAACCCAUAUUGCCCUCCAUCAACACCCUCAUACGUUCAGCUGCCCCAGAGGAUGUUCGCAUCACAGAGGAUGGCAUAAAUUGCACAUUUGCCCGCAACUUCGAGGCCAUUGGGUUUAGCAGUAAAAACAGCAACAAAAUCAGCGAUUUACUUUUACAAUUUUUUGAAUUCUAUUCUCAAUUUGACUUUCAAAACAAGGCGAUAUCCUUGAAUGAGGGACGGGCUGUAUCCAAACCCGACCACUCGGCAUUGUAUAUUGUCAAUCCUCUGGAACAACUGCUAAAUGUUAGUAAAAAUGUCAGUCUCGAGGAAUGUGAACGUUUGAGAAUAGAGGUACGAAAUGCUGCCUGGGUUUUGGAAUCAGAAGUGGAAAACUAUCAGCAAACCGGGGUGGAUAAGAGCCAAGAACCCUGGGGUCUGCUGAAUCUUUUUAAGACACCCGACAAAAACAUCAUACGGCCGAAUAUGUUCUUUAAGCCACGCAUCUUGGAAGUCAGUGAGCUAUUUGAUAACACGGAAACACCGCCUGCCACAAAAUCCACCUCCAGCAACACUGCCACGGCAACAGGAUUGGUUUUUAAAAACACCCAAGUAAAACAACAAGUGGAAAGUAUUAAAUCCUCACAACGACAAGACAUGAAACAAAUGCGUUUGAAUUCCACAACAGGGGUGCAGGCAUCGUCGACAAAAUCGCCAUCAGCAGCAGGCUCAGUGGCCUCAAAUAAAUCCUCCAAACGCAGCAGAUGAAAAUGAACACAGCAAAUGUGUUGAAACAUCCACAACUGCCUGGUGCGUAGUAAGGAGACUUGAUUAGAUUAAUAAUCUUUUAUUUAGUUAAUAAGAAAAUACAAAUGUUUGUUUUUGUAGAUUUGUAAGUUAUUUCCCCAAAAUGAGCGGCACAGAAAUGCAAAUCCCAAGUAAACCAAAAUCAAAGAGACUUUUGUUAAAAUGUUAUUGUUUUUUUUAUGGAAGGAAAUAAUGAAAAAAUAAUUAAUUGAAAAACAAAUAAAUGAGAAUAAAUGAU